UAGAGCUUGUGCUUCUAUCGCCUCAGAAAGGGAACCACAGCAGUGCUCUUCAUACAACUGCUGGGAAUUAUGCUUGGUUUCUUGGGCAGAGGGACGCUCAAAUCACCAGCGAAACAUGGAUAUUACAUAUUUAAUGCUUUCGAUUUAGGUCAGUAGACAUACCAUUUACCACAAUUUUCCUGCUCGACUCCGUUUAUCGCGUCGUCAGUAUGGAGAAGAUGCUCUGCAGUCCGCAUCCUGGGACAAAUAAAACGAACUCRGCUUCACUGCCGUCGGACAAGGGGAAUUCGGCGAGAAAGAUCGGACGAGCUGGUUCUCAUAGCCCCGGCUCGGCUUCACUUGGGAGCGGGGCCGGUGGAGGAGUGAGUCGGGGACGUUUAUUAGGAAACAGUAUGAAUUUUCAGCAAGCGUGUAAGCGUCAGUUAGAAGGAGUGUUGAGCAAAUACACAAACUUAAUUCAAGGAUGGCAGAACAGGUACUUUGUGUUGGAUCCAGAGCUGGGACAYCUGCAGUACUUUGUACAUGAACAGGGCAAGAGCCAGAAGCCCAGGGGCUCCCUGCCUCUGAUCGGUGCGUCGGUUGUCCAGAGUGAUGAGGCACCACACAUGUURAUCGUCAACUCAUUCAAUGGCGAGCUGUACAAGCUCAGAGCAUCCGACGCCAAAGAGCAGCGGUUCUGGAUGAACCAACUCCAAGCAUGUGCCAGACGCCACUCCGACAGCAGUGCCAAGGUGUGGAAGUUGAAGGGGUCGGAUGAGCAUCUGAGUGUGGAGAGAACGACGGGAGGCAGCCAGGAGGGGCUGGGCUCGUCAUCUUCCGGUCGGUCCCGUAGUGUCUCCCUCCUGCCAGCCUCCUCCUCGCCUGGUACCCAGAGGCGCUUGGCGUGUCUGGGCACACCCAGCAACAUCGUGACCAUCACCCACCACAAGUCCCCAGCCGCUGCCCGACGGGCCAAAAACCAGUUACCUGGCAGACUGCUGGAGGUCAAAGAGGUCAUGAGCCAAGCAGAGUGUCAACAGAAGAACCUGGUCCAGUCCAUCGAGUCCCUCCCCACGCGAGGACCCCUUUCCUGCCUGGACCAGGACCUCCUGCUCCUCAAAGCCACGUCGGCUGCAACCAUGAGCUGCCUGGGAGAAUGCCUGAARAUCCUGCAACAGACUCAGACCCACAGCCAGCCCCAGGCCUCCCAGCCCAACCACACCUGCGGUCCCUCCUCCGAUGGUGUUCCUGGUUGGACUGUACCAAAUUCACCCUCGGGGGAGCAACUGAAGAACGGUGGCCCGACCCCUCUACGCUCUGCAGAGCCCUCCCCAGCCCUCAGGAAAAAAAGCCCUGCCCAUGGUGCUGAGUUCAUUCAGAAGGGGAAGUUUGUGAGGCUGACACGCUCUGACCUCACUCAAGGGGCGGUGACUACUCACUUAUGGUGUUCCUGGUUGGACUGUACCAAAUUCACCCUCGGGGAGCAACUGAAGAACGGUGGCCCGACCCCUCUACGCUCUGCAGAGCCCUCCCCAGCCCUCAGGAAAAAAAGCCCCCAUGGUGCUGAGCACCCAGCAGGGUUGGAGGCCAUCAGCCCCAGUGAGGAGGUGACUGACAUGGAGGACAAUGAGGAAGAGGACCUGGGAGUGUUGGACGACCAGCGGAGCAUCAUCCUGCACCUCCUCUCCCAGCUCAAACUGGGCAUGGACCUCACCCGGGUGGUGCUGCCCACGUUCAUCCUGGAGAAGUGCUCCUUGCUGGAGAUGUAUGCUAAUUUCAUGGCCCACCCGGACAUGUUCCUGUCCAUCACGGCUGGUGCCACGGCGGAGGACCGCAUCGUACGCUUCGUCGAGUACUACCUUACCGCCUUCCACGAGGGCCGCAAAGGAGCUGUGGCCAAGAAGCCCUACAACCCGGCGCUGGGCGAGACCUUCCACUGUUCCUGGGAGGUGCCUCGGGACAGAGUGAGGCCCCUCAGGUCUCAGGGCCCCAGGGAACCAGCCUCCAGGGGCCCCAACAACACCCAACAGCAGGACGGUCCGUCGGGCGCCGAGUGUUACCGCGUUCGCUUCAUGGCCGAGCAGGUGUCCCACCACCCGCCUGUCUCGGGGUUCUACUGCGAGUGCCCAGAGAGGAGGAUGUGUGUCAAUGCCCACGUGUGGACGAGAAGCAAGUUCAUGGGCAUGUCCAUUGGUGUGUCCAUGAUAGGGGAAGGGACCUUGUGCCUCCUGGAGCAUGACGAGGAGUAUGUGUUCACGCUGCCCUGUGCCUACGCCCGCUCCAUCCUCACCGUGCCAUGGGUGGAGCUGGGUGGCAAAGUCACCAUCACCUGUGCCAAGAGUGGCUACUCAGCCACCGUCACGUUCCACACCAAGCCUUUCUAUGGAGGGAAGGUACACAGGGUGACUGCAGAGGUCAAACACAACCCGACCAACACCAUUGUGUGCAAGGCCCAGGGGGAGUGGAACGGAACCCUGGACUUCACCUAUAGCAYCGGGGAGACCAAAGUGAUUGACACAACCAAACUGCCAAUCAUCAAGAAGAAGCUCCGGCCUGUGGAGAAGCAGGGACGGAACGAGUCCAGGCGGUUAUGGCAGCAUGUCACCAAGUCACUGAAGGAGGGGAACAUUGACGAGGCCACGGAACAAAAGCGGCGUCUGGAGGAGCGCCAGCGAGGGGAGGAGAGGCAGAGAGCUGCAGUCAACUCGCCCUGGACACCCAAAUAUUUCAGUAAAAAGGGAGAAGAUUGGAUCUACCACAACCCCCUGUGGAAAUCUCACUGACACAAGAACCAGACUGCUCUAAUGGACACUAAGAGAGCCUCUAUCCCCCUAAACGAGGGGCCAGGCCAGGAUAAGGAUGGAACUGCCACUCGCUCUCCAUUGGGACCAGAGAUACAGACUCUUAAUGACAUGGACCACGGUCCCARUCAUGGGAAUCAAGUGGUUUCCACUUGAACUACGAGGGUGGGAGAGACCGAUGUAGCUUUUUUAUAGUGUUCGAGGUAGAGAAUUUGAAUUUKUUACUUUGCCAGGGCCUUUUGCAAAUGCACGGUAUGACGUGAUUUGCCACUGGUAUUUCUUUCCGGUUGUGCUGACACAUACAUGAUCCUUUUCGGUUCAAACGCCUUUAUUUGUCACGCAGCAUCAGAAUGCAAUGGUAGGAAGAUGGCAAACAUGCUUGGGUUACAUUAGUUCCCAACAAAUGKUGUUGACUAGGAGCAGUCUCUCAUCACUUUGUUGCUAUUCUAUCCAUCCAGACCUUUGACCAUUCUUGAAAUGACUCUUUACCUCUGUUCUUCCAUGCAAUACAGAUUUCCCAUCACUCUUAUUAGUCGUAAUCCCAUACCAUCACCCUUUUACUUUACAGUCAACACUCCAUUGGAUCCCAUCUUCCCGAGAGGUGUUUCCUCCUUCCAGGGACGUGUCCUUAGGUUGGCAUUGAUAUAACAUAAUUAAGCUGGAGCUGUACCCAGCUCACGACUCAUGCUAAUAUCUCAGUGGGCUGCCUCUGCGUCUAAUAUGGAUAAGUCACAACCCCAUUCUCACAGAGGGGCACCGUCUCUACCACCACAACAUGUCAUUCAGGAUAUGAGGUAGAAAGGGGAUGUUUUUGGUUAUACAUAGCCAUUAUAUAUUUACGUUUUCCCAAAUACUAUAUCGGAUUGCCUUUAUUUAGCCAAACAUCUAAUGGAAAAUAAUUUUUGUUCUUAGAAAAGUGAUCACUGCUAUCUAUAUUCUCUGGUUAAGUAAUUUCAACCAUCCAUGAUUAUAGACUGAGGGGCUUGGUGCAUUACAGUACCUAUACUAACGGCAGGAUCAUCUUGCAGUGAAGAAAAUUAGCUGUCACAAAGCUGUCCAGUUUCUUGCAGCACUCAAGUGUGACCUUGACAUCUGGCAAUAAUGCAUGAAUUUGAUUACCGAGUCUCCAGCACUCGGUAAUCAAGACAAGUGCAGAUUGUGGGUUAUUUGGAAAGAUCGGUCCACAAAGAUGGCAUUUUAUUCCCCAUAUGUGUCAAACUAAGAUAUUCUGAAUGUAUUUGGGUUUUGUAGAACACUGUGAUGUACCCAAGAGCUUGAACCUCACUUUGAUAAAAACCUAUGCYACACCCCAUUUGUUAUAACAUAGGUUGAAGGUAUAAUUGUUUUGUUCUAAUAAAUGUGCCCUGGCAAUCACUGUG